AUGUCGACCAACGGCCACGCGAUCCUGCAGGCUCUUCACAACAAGGUGGCUUCGCGCACAAUACAAGUCACGGUCGUACCAAGACCGACCAAGUUCGCUGAGCGACGCGCUGUCUUGCACUCGUUGCAAAAGUUCGCCAAAGUUGAAGUGUUCAAGAACGACAAAGCAAAAGUCAAGGAGCUCGCCAAGAUCAGCCCGUUACAAUACCAGCUUGCGACCCCCCGAACCAACGGUUCCGUCAAGACGUUCUUAGCGAGCUCAGCCUCGGCUGGCCCCUUUGUCGACUCUUCAAGGUACGGCGAUGAUGCGGAGGGCGUCGCGCACGCGGAGGACAAGAAGGACUUCACGGUGUACAUCUUCCCGGCUCCGACCUAUAUACACUCCGCCGCCAUCAAGGCGUCUCCUCUGCACGGCCCGUGGCCUAAGUCCCGUCGCGAAACAGUCAUGUCGGCAACCUUGAAGGAGUCGAUGCCCAAAGAUGUCACCACUGACGGUUUGUCGGACUGGGAGACCGGCGGACAGGUCAAAGCCUCUUCCAAGGGGCAGCUCUGGGAGGAAAUUCUUCUCGGCACCAAGUCAAUCGACGUCAGAAAACGCGCCAUUAUCGACCGUAUUCAACGCAGAGAACAAAACGAAAAGGCGCCUGCCAUCAUGGAAGGAUUGCUUCAUCUUCGACAAGAAGCGGGCAAGUCAGAUUGA